AUGGCCUCGAGCACUGCCGGCGACGAGAUGGUGGCAGCCGCGCCCAAGAAGCAGCGGCUCCUGUUCGUCGAUUUGCCGCCGGAAGCUCAGCGAGAGAUCAUCUCACAUUGCUCACAAAGCGAUCUGAUAUGCCUCGCGCUCGUCUCUCGACACUUUCAUGAACUCGCCUCGGCCCAGCUCUACAAAAACUUCCACAUCAUCUUUCCCGACGAUGACGACCUCAGCUUUGAUUCUUCUAUCGACGGUCUCGCCAGCGGUCUUAAUACGUUCACCACGAGCAAUUAUGACUAUGCGAAACACCUAAGAGACUUGUCCAUGGACACUCUUAGUGCUGGCCUUAAGGGAGAAGCCUCUUAUCAGUCGUAUUUGUAUUCCGCUAGUUGUGGAAAAUUUCUAAACACGCUUUUACAUCUUACUCUCAGACGAGCCAGAUCUCUGGAAGUUUUUCGAUGGAACAUUCGCGUGGAAUUGAGCCGGCCCGUCUACCGCGAGCUUCAUCGAAUAGCUUCGCUCAAGAAGCUACACAUUCGAAUGCAGGCAGGAGAAUCUUACUACAUGCAACCACCACCACUGCCAGUCUCUUCCGACAUCCACCCUCAGCCAAGUGCGACAAAUCCUUGGGGAAGCAUCCCGCCGCUUGCUCCCCUUUCUCUGCUGCCUCCGCCGCCGCCGCAUCCGGGACAUACCAUGCCUGUGCUGGGCGGACCCCCGCCUGCUCUGAUGCCACCGUCAUACAAAUCAACGCUUAAGAACAACGUCGGAAAGUUCACAGACGGUGCGAAAGAGCCCUCCACUUUUUCAGGCUUCAAAAAUCUUAAAAGUCUAAGCGUCUUGGAUAUCGACAACCUCGAUAUCGUGAGCGAGCUCAGUACCUGUAUCAAGAACUCAAGCUGGACGCUCACUGAGCUUCAACUAUCAUUAUCCGAUACUUUGGCUAACCAGGCGCGUAAGCCUUCACCCGGUUCCGACGCAGACGAUUCAGACGUUGAGGGUGAAUUUCAAAUUGAUCCCACAAUCCAGAACAGCAGUAUGAACGACAUUGACUAUGACACUAUCGGCCCUGUCAGAGCAUUUCGAGCCCAAGAGGAGCGAAAGCUUCAGGAGUCUAUGCUUGGUAGAAUACUCGAGCUGUACCCCCAACCACCUAACGCACGGCCCAAAGCAGAGAAUGAUCAAGCCAGUCAAAAAGCCGUUAAAAAAGACGCACAAAAACCACCAUUGACCGCUAAAGAGGCUGCUAGAGAGGCCCUCAUCGAAGCCAUAAAGAACCUUGAAUCCCGAUAUAUUGGUGGGCCAUCUCGAUUCUCAGAUCGGCAAGAGAUCCUUGACACUAUGGCAGAAGCUGCGAGGGAUUAUGUAGAUAACAUUGACCCGUCCGGGCAGAUUAUAGAAGCGCUAAAUGUCUCUAACGGAGAUGCGCCAGCCAUCACAGGGGGGGGUGUAUACAAAGGCGAAUCUUCAGGCUCAGGCUCAGGCUCGGGCUCAGGCUCGGGCUCAGGCUCGGGCUCAGGCUCGGGCUCAGGCGCGAAAACACCCGUUGAGGCCCCUGUUGAGGCUCCUUCUGCUGAGGAAGCUGGGCAAGUUCUCGCUACCACGGCAGAUGACGUGGUAAAAUCCGAACAAACUUCGUCCUCGAAAAUGGCCAAAAAGCGAAGCGGCGACUUUUCCCCGGAAGAUAUUGAUAUUGCGUAUGUAGAUGACAUUGGCGAUGCGUUUGAAGAGGCAGAAGACUCAAACCCUUCAACUGCGGUGGAGGACAGCCCCGCGGACGAAUCUACAUCCGGAAAAGAACCUCAGCAACGCAAUUCUUCCAUUGGUUCGGCGGUUCCUAUGCCCGCAGUUGACGCUGUUGCAAUUGACGCUGUCGCAAUUGACGCUGUCGGAAUCGAUGCUGCUGCAACAUCAAGCAAGGCAAUUGAAUCACAGGCUGAAACUCACCCUAAGACAACUGAAAAGGUCAAAAAGCUUGCUUCUGCGACGACGGCAAAGGUCAAUCUCGAGAGUCUAAUGGACAAACUCGGCUCAUUUCGAGACCGAUCAAAAGCCAUAGGAAAACGAAUCGAUGAUAUGCGCGCCCAGGGUUCAGUGAUGGACCAGGUGCUGAUCAAAGACGUCGACGAACAGUCUACAAGCUUUAGUGCCAUGGUUACCGACAUUAACAAUGAGUUCCGGAUAGUCGAGGAGGAGCUAGACAAGGUGGAGGCCCAAGUAACGGCUAUCAACCGUACGAGCGCGAGAGAUUAUAUCCGCAGAACAAGAGGAUUGACGCUUUCCUCUCUAAGCAUCUAUCUCGUGCCCGUCAAGGCAUCAGUUCUAUCACGGUCACUUAAUUUGUCCUGUCUCAAGCAGCUAACGCUUCUCAACGUUGGCAACCAAGUGCCUAUCUGGGGUCUUCUCGCCAAAGAGAACAGACAGCGGCCUCUUGGGUUGAGAAGCAUCUUCACUGAUCAUGUAAGCGAGGCGUUUCUCACAUUUGCGUCUCAGCUCGAAGAGAUACACGAGCUCUUUCUACUGGAACGCGACGUCAAGAGUAAACCUGAAAGUUUUGCACCGCGAGGGUCAACGAUUAUGGAUCAGAUCCGCCGGCUUGUCCUCAAGAAGCACAUUCGCAAACUUAGGCGACUGAUGAUCAGGGAUGAAUCUACUGGACCCAAUUGGGACUGUAAUGAGAAGACUAUGGUCCUUAUUUGCACUCAAGGGCGGAAUCUCAAGGAGUUGGCGCUGAGUAUGAACAUCCACGCUCUGCAUGUUUUCAUGCAAUACGUCUCCGGACUUGUCAAUCUGCUGGCCAUUAAUAUCAUACACUUUCGCAGCCACGAUGCUUGCAUGUCGGUUAUGCGAGAAAUCCUAAGGUUCACUGUAGAUAACCUAUCACACCACCCCGGGCUCAAGCUGGAAUGGAUCGCAAUGGAAGGUGAUCGCGUGUACCGAGUGGUCAGGCCAAAUCAAGAAGCUGAUGACGCCCCGAAUGAACAAAGCAACAGCAAGCGAGCGAAGGGCAAAGGAACGGCUCCGAUGAAUGGUUUAGGUUCUGGUUCCGGUUCUGAUCUGCACAAUCCUUUCCCCAUCGACCUGUCCUCAGAAAGUGAUAGCGAAGAUGCAGAUAUCAACGUGGGAACCCAUCUGCGGUUCAAGACAAUUGGACCUUUGCGAUAUUACGACGUCUGGGGAAUAAAGAUUUUUGAAAAGGAGAUACAAAGCGGGAGAUUAUAA